CUCUGCUGGCACCUGUCUUUGUCAAGUGCGCAUUAGGAUUGGUUGACGGUGAAUGCCGCCAACGGCUGCCUGUUUCUCUCGUGUGCGGACAAGGAAAGUAUGAAUACACCGGCGGGCCUGUUCAAGUGAUUUCGUUGUUCAAAAUCAGGCAUACGAGCUACAACUUCAGAGCCGGAACAACAAUUUUAGCCGCAGACGUGAAACAUGAACGUCGAACAUUUGGGGACUCCAAGCCGAAGGACAAUCGCUCGAAGAUUUUGUAGCACGCCAAUCAGGACCAGUGACGCUGCGGACAGUGAAGUGGCCGAUGGUGACGUUUCUUCAUUUCUUUCCACCUUGGACGAGUUUGUGGAACAGUGCGAUAGUUUUCUUUCUGCAUGCCCUCAAGUCUCCUCUGAAAACGAUCCUGCUGGCGUACGUGUAGAUGUGGAAGACGCCGCUGGCAACGUAAGCUGCUUUCAUGAAUGUUUUACCGAGUAUAGCGAAGGACAAGGCUUGCCGGAGCAUGCAUCUACCACUCCGCAGGUUAGCUAUGUAGAGGACGACAGGAUAGGCCCUUUCGAAGAUGCCGAUGAUGUUCUAGCUCUCAGUAGCGAUGAUGAGUGCAUGGAAGAUACUCUGUUGGAACAACAUUCCUCGGCUUCUCAGAAUUCAACUUCUUCCUCGGCUAGGGCUUGUAAGGGCUCCCUUGAAGAUGCCGACGAAGAUCUAGCCUUCAGCAGCGAAGAUGAGUGUACAGAAGCAAACCGAUCAGAACGAUAUUCCUCAAUUUCACAGCAUUCAGUUUGUCCCUCGACUAAGGCUCAGCACAGUGAACAAGAAUGUGUUUAUGGUUCACAAAACGUUGACUAUAACCAAAAUGCAAAACAUGGUCAGGGCAGUGAAGGUAAUGAUGAGCAUGCGUACAUGGGGCGCGAUGCCAAUUACAUAAUCCUAGAAGAGCUAAAUUGUGAAAAUUCCUUGUCCCCAUCAAGAGAUGAGCAUUUUCAUCCACAUUCAUUUCAACAAGAAAGUGUGUCUGUCUCCGAGGAUUAUGGAGUGAAAACAAUAGAGAAUCAUUGCAGACAGGAAGAUGAAAGCUUUCAUGGCAACUUUGAAAAUGCAGUGCAUUUUUCGAAUGAAAGAUACAGGCAGGAACCUAGAGCAGGGGAACUGAGCCAUCAGAACUGCACUCGUAUGGAAAAUGCCUUUGAAACCAGAACAUGUUCUGAGGUUCCUCAGACAAACAGAAGCAACCAGCGCUACAACAAAUUCAGUGGAAGCUGUCAAGUGCAGAAUGCUAGCGUUUCUUGCUGUGCCCGCUGUCCAGAACAACUAGAAGAGCAGCAAUAUCAGGAGUAUGUGGAAAGUUUUAAUGAAAGCUGUGUCAUGGAGGAUGCUUCUACGUUUAAGAAAUAUAAAGAUGAACCAUUGGAGGCAGAGAGCUUUGAUGACAGCUGUAUCAUGGAGGAUGCAUCUACAUUUAAGAAGUAUGAUGACGUAGAAGAGAUGGAAGCUAAACAGUAUGCACAAGGGUACAAUGACAGCUGUGCCAUGAAUGAUGUUUCUGUAUUUAGAACAGAUGCUAAGACAAGGGAGAGAAAUUUAGCAUGUUCGGAUAGCUCAUGUCAUAUUCGUCAAAGGAAAGAUUGCUGUCUACGUGAAGGACACCUGGCAACACCUUGUGUGAACAAAUCAGCUGAGUAUGUUGCACAGUGCCACACAAAUUGUUCUCCGCAAGAGAUUCUUGUGGCUGAUCAGAAAGCAGUGUACGAAUUUAAGAAUCACUGUAGCAGUUCUUAUACUCCAAACUCUAGUCCAAUGCCUUCAAGCUCUCUUGGCAUCUGUGACGAAUCGCGUAUGGGCGACAAACCAGUGUCAAGUGUCACGCCCCACCAACAACAUGGCAGCCUGGCAUCUGUUGAAGCAUUAGAGGAUGUCACUUCAAAGAGCUCUAAAAUGUUGUCGCAUUCAGAAGCAGCAGAUAGAGAAUGUGAUAUCACUCCAGCAAGUUGCACUGUUGGUAAAAAACCUGAGCACUGCAGCUCAAUUCAGGACUUUGCAGCCUCAAGUGAGCGAGUGGCUAGCAAUGCGAUUUUAAAACAACACUUCAAACAACACGCCAUUGCUAACAGCCCGGCUUACUUCACGGAUGUUGUGCAGUCCGUUCAAAAUAUCUGUACCACAAGUUCAUUAUGUCACGAGGACAUUGUGCAGACAGUGCCAAAUUUUGAGGAGACGGACAAAAAACUGUUUCAUGCUCUAUCAGCUCUUAGUGAUGAUUAUGUAGGUUCUUCUAGUUCUACAGUGCACGAGCUUAAAGGCAACGGCAUUGGGAGUAUUGCCAAGACCAGUGAAAAAGUUGAAGUUGUUCUUGAGGGACGUAAAGAUAACCAUAACGAAACUGACAUUGUCCCUGCUGUGGACAAGAAGUGUAAGGAAACUUCACUGGCAGUUAGUCCCACAUCCAAGCCUGUAUUUCUUCUGGAUGCAUGUCUGCAGUCCGAACCUAUCUGUGAUAGAAGUGACGUUCUUGAAACUACACUGGUAGCCGAAGCUGACAUGAACGUUGAAACAAGCGUUCAAAGCCACUGCAAGAGCCCAUUGCUGUCCUGUGUUGCAGCUGGAGAUCUUCUUGACCUUGGAGUUGAAACUGACAGUGAUACCUUUGUCGGUGAAGUACAGUCACCUGUGGCAUCAGCGAUAUCUGUAGAAGACUGCCAGCCAGUGCAACUAUCUGCUGAUAUGCAAAGCAUGCUUUCUCUGCCCUGCACUGUCACUUCUGGAGAUGUUCUAGACCUGGGUGUUGACACUGAUGACACGCUUGUUGAUGAAGUGCAGUCGCCUGUGCUUUCAGCAAAAUCUGCAGAACAUUGCCAGCCAGCUUUGCAGAAUGAAGGUGCCUCAGUACUGGAGGUGCCACGACAACCACGUACUGAAGCAUCAAAGUGUAUGCUUCCUCAAGGCGCUCCUAUUCCCUCUGCUGACACAAUAAGCCUUGCUGCGAAUGCACCCGUACCAUCACUAUUGGUAUGUACAUCCAGUGAGGAUGAGAUAUAUAUUCCUGAAGAUUUGGAUAUGCGCGAGAAACUAAACAAUAUUAGGAGCCAGCUAGAACGGAACAAGCCUGAAGACCCAAAUGCUCAUGUGAUCUAUACUGUGCCCACUGAUUUUAGAAGCUCAGAACCACAGUUGCCCAUUGUCAAGGCCCCAGAGAUGAAAAACCGAGCCCCAUUCACAAGUGAAGAUCCUGCCGAAAAUAUGGACAACGAAAAUCCUGAAUGGGAAGCUGUUCGCCGCCUUACGACAGAUGAGGAACGAUACCAGGCUGUCCAAGCGGUCUGGCAUAACGUCAAGAUUCCAGACCCCCACAAAGAACUGUCGACGUUCCACUACCGACGACGUACGCUGAGUCUGAAACAUGCAAAGAACACACCUUCCUCCAAGUCUAAACGCCGCAAGCGCAAGGCGUCCCACUGCUCCCACCACGAACACAGUAAACCGGCCAAGCGUCAGCGUUUGGACACUGACAUUAUUGACCUGAAGCUAAAGGAACUCCAACGAAAAAAGGAGAAGGACGUCACAAAAGCGCAGAAAACGUUCAGCGAUGACAUCAGGCAGCUCCACAUGAGUUUGAUGAGGACCAACCAGGAGACGUACGCUUCGCACAACCACCACAAGCACCACAGGAGAGCACACACGGAGCCUUGGGACUUCCGCUACUAUCUGUCGCAAGAACAGAGGAUCUGCGCAGAGUUCAAAGCCAGUGAACAGAGCAUAGAAAAUGAGUACAUGACCAGGGAGCACAAACUGCUCAGCGCUAGAGAAGAAGUUCGGCGCGUCGAUGAUUUCUAUGCUGGCCUGAGAGACACAGACCCGCGGCUCCUGUCGGAAAAACAAGUUAAGGAACACUUCAAGCUGGAAGAAAUGCUGGGACAUUUCAGAGUGGUUUACAGGACACCUAAUGAGUGACUACUUAUGCCGGCGCACAAGUGUGCUCUUGGAUUGUUUAUAGGAUUGUGCAAUGUAAAAUGGUGCAAUGUACUGUAUUCGGUUGUUGACUGUGCAUGACAUAUGUGAAGCAGUGCUAUAGCCAGAGGCUUAGCAUUUUUUAU